AUGGCGACCAGCUCGUAUGACUGCGACUAUGAUAAGCCGUAUUCGCCGGAAUCUCUUGAACCGGGAGACAAUGAUUUGGGCGCGAUCUAUACGCCAUCACCGGUACGGCAUUGCGCGAGUGCCACAGCUACAUCGAGAAACGCUGUAUCGCAAGCAGAUGGUGAAACAGAUGGCUCAUCGUCAAGUGUUAUUAUCGAUUUGGAUGAUGCCGGCUCAACAACCUCAAGCGUCAAAGCCUCCUCGCAUACCGAAGAGGUAUAA